UGUAGUUCAUUGAGAGUUUCACCCUCGCGGUGAGGCCCCCUCCGCGAGUUGAGGCCCCCUCCGCGAGGUGAGGCCCCACGCAGUCUGUGUGAUCAGCCUGUCUCCAUCUUCCUCUGUAAUGCCAAAAGCCUGCACACCGUUUCCAGACAUCUACAUGUUGCCUCUCGUUUUGUCUUUCACCAACAAAAAGAGGCAUGAUAAUUUCCUACGGUAUAAAUGUUAGGAGGUUUUUUGUUUUGAUUUUGUGAUUUUUCAAUAACAAAAAAACAAAAAACUCCUUUUGCACUAUAACAGAAACAUGGAUUGUACCCCAUACUGGGGGGAAAUGUAAACAGCCACAUUCUGUUACAACUCCAUGUACUGAGGAAGAUCAUGUGAUGUGACGGAAAGCACCGGAACAAGGGACGUAAUGGUAAGGCUUUAUCUGUUUGAAUUUGAACUAAAUUGAUCAGCACUUAUUGUAAGUUGCUUAAAGGCAAAUAGUAAUAUGUUUUUCCAAUUUAAACAAUAACUUAAACCCUUAAUACAAAUACAAAUGUUUGUAAUAGAAAAAUGGCUCAGGUACAUUUUUUAAACCAUGAAUAAGCAUUAUCUUUUUCUGUGAUUGCUGUUCAAAAUAAAAAUGACAAGGAGCUAGUAUCCUGCAAUAACAGUAAGCUGCAUAAGAGGUCCUGGCCACACAUACUAGCACUAUGGGUGUUGUAGGACGGAGUCAGGGAAUCAUGGGAGCUGUAGUGAGCUAGUGUGUGUUUAACUGCAGUGACAGAUGAGAUAGCUCAGCCAAGAGGAGGGUGUAUUUCCCCCUCAACAGCACAGUCACAGUCGCCAGCAGCAUCUUUAUUCCUCUCAAGCUUUUUUUCCCCCGUAGGCAUAGCUUUGUGCCCCCAUCCCAGUCUCCCAGCAUCUCACCCAGCCUGCCUCCCUGCCCGAGCCUCACUGAGCAUGCAUUGCCUACGUCACUCCUUUCAGCAGAUGGGGAGGAGGAGGAGGGGGGAGGGUAAGACAGAAAGAGAGAAAGGGGAGGAGGAAGAGGGAGCUGUAUGCCUAUCCUGCAUCAGCGUCAACAUCACUGCCACGCCGGCCCCGUCACAGGAAAACAAGGAGGAAGAUAGGCGCACAACGGAGCUUUAACACCAUCAGCACCAGCAGCUCCUCCACCUCCACCAGACGUGCUUCCACAGAUUAGGCCAUAACGGUUUCCAGAGCAUCUAAAGACUCCCCCAGGCAGGAGGGGCUCUCGCUGACAUGACCUGAGAGGAGAGGCAGGAAGCCAUCGGUAUUGCUAUCAACAUGGGCAACCAGGAGGCGAAGCAAAAGAGAGCUGCAGCAGCAUCCGGUAACGGGAGCUACCCUUCCCUGGAUGAAGGAUGGAAAGAGGGAGGAGGCGACACCACCAAAAAGGGGGGAAAGAAACCACACAGUAAGCAUGGAGGUAAAGGAGCAGGCAGCGGUGGAGGAGGAGGGGGGAUGCAUGGCACAGGACCAGGGAAGAAGAAAAACAAAUCCGAGUCCAAGUCCUCUGUUUUCUCCAUCCGGAAGAGAAAGGGCAACCUGAAAGGGAGAGGGGACGUGUGCUCGUCAGUGACGGGAUCGAAGGAGGAAGUUUUAUUCUCCCAACAUGAGGAGCUGGACACCAAAACACCUGACCUGUCUGCAGACGAGCUGGGGCAGUCGGACACUGAGGUUGAAAAGAAAAAGAAACCAGAACCGGGGAAAAAGAAAGAAGAGCCAAAGCAGGAGGUGCAGAGGAAAGCCUCGACAGCAGCAACCUCAUCCGCGGAGGAUGGGGGGCCGAAGAGGGGCAGCUCAGGGUCCGACACUGACAUCUACAGCUUCCACUCCGCAGCCGACCACGAGGAUCUGCUAGCAGACAUCCAGCUGGCUAUCAGGCUCCAGUAUCAAACGCAGCAUGGGGAGGUUUAUCCUACUUUGGAUGCACAAGGACCGGGAGAAAAGGAUCUGAGUCUGAGGGGAGGAGAGGGGAGGAGGAAGAGUAAUGGAGUUAAAUGUACUCCUCCAGAGGUGAUUGACCUGACUCCAGAAUUAGAGCUGGGGUCCGAUGCCCUGUCAUUCCUGGAAACGGGAACUGUGUCCAGCUCUGUCAAGCUCACGGAGCAGACACCACACCCCUCACCCACUGAGGUACAUGAGGGGGGGCUGGAGCAUCCGGAGCUAAAUGAGAAGGGGCAGAGGGAGAGAGAAGCCCCUCUUUGUGUUGCCACAGGCACAAAGCAGAAGCAUGAUUGGGUGCAGGAGCCCCCUCACACUACCAUCACCAUGGCUACAACAGGGGGGGAAACAGUCAGCCCGGUCUCCAUGACAACCAGUGGUAACAGCUUCACUGACCUCACAUUUGACAGUGCUGAGACCCCGGGGGAGAGAGCAGGAGGUGAAGGAGAGGAGGAGAUGGAUCCGGGGGUGGAGGUGGAUCUCAGCCCUCCACCAGCAGACCCCCCCGAAAACGUGCUGAGCUCAGGGGUCGUGUUCAAAGAAGGUGAGGGUCUGUUGGGCUCGGGUACCAGUGCAGAGUCCCUUGAGGACAGCCUGAGUGUGGGGUCUGCUGCCCCCCCCUCCAACCAGCAGUGCAGGAAGAGCAGCGUGUGCUUCACCCCGCUGCCCCCCAAGGAGAGCCCCACAUUAGCCAGACAUCUCCUCAGGUCCACUCACUCCUCCACCUCCUCUUCCCCUGUGGUGAAACCCUACCCUCCCAUCUUCCCCUCCUACAUCAAGACCACCACCAGGCAGCUCAGCUCCCCUGGACACUCCCCCGCCCUGUCCCCCUCCCACAGCCCCCUGUCCCCGCGCAGAGCCCACCACCACCUCCACAGGACGAUGGCUGAGAGUCCUCGGGUCCGGCGGCAACGCUCUCGAAGCCUCGCUGGCUCUCUGAGUCGCUCUGCUGACUGGACGGAGGCGCUGGAGAGGAGGCUGAGGAGCAGGGAGGAGGAGGGGGGUGGUUCAGGGGAAUAUCUGUUGAGCUACAGAGGAGGAGGCAGCCAGCCCCUCUGUGCCACCAGAAGAUCCUCCUGUGGACAGGUUUCUACCUGCAGCUUUCAGGACAUCUUCACAGGGCGAACCCUCCUGGAGAAGCUGUUCCUGCAGCAGCAGCAGCAGGAGGAGCCGGAGGAGGCGGAGCGGCUCUGCUCCAGGAUCCUGGCCAUGGGGCUCCUGCUGCCGUUCGCUGACUGCUUCAGAGAGCAGCUGGAGGGCAGCACCACCCACCUCCCCUCCACAGCAUCAGCCAAAUUUGAUCAUGACCAGCUGUAUACCUGGGCAGCAGUUAACCAGCCCUCUCACUCCCUGGAUUCUCUGGAGGGGAAACUACCGGCGCAGCUGAGGGGCCCCUGGGCUCCUGUUAAACCAGGAGGGGACACCAAGACUGGGCUCAAAGCCACAGAGGCGGAACACCAAGCAGCCAUCUUGUCCACUCAACAACCGAAGGAGAGCCAUGAGGAGGAGUGUGUCCUUCCUUCAGCGAAACUGAAGGCCAAACACGUGAACGUGAUCCAGCAGCUGGAGCAGACCAUCGAGGCCCUCAGGACCAAGAUCGCUGAGCUGGAGCAGCUGCCCCCCCUGGACACUGUGAAACCCCCCCCCUCCACCACAGACCGGGAGGUGGGCGGAGAGGAGGGGCUGCUGAGGGCAGUGUGUGACGCCCACCUGCAGACUGAAACCAUUGUAGCUGCGGGGGGGCUGGAGGCCAAGUCGGUGCAGACCUCUCCCAUGGAGGACAGCUUUAAGUUCAAAGUGCCUUACAGUGAGCCGGGUGGAGCGGACCCUCCCCCGCAGCCUCCACCCAGGCAGGAAGGCUUUCAGUGUCCCUGUCAGCUGCAGCCCCCCCCUCCACCUCCACUUCCAGGAGGAGCAGUACCUCCACCUCCACCAGGACAGAUUAUGGCACCGCUUCCUCCACCACCUCCCCCUCCACCUCCACUUCCAGGAGGAGCAGUACCUCCACCUCCACCAGGACAGAUUAUGGCACCGCUUCCUCCACCACCUCCCCCUCCACCAUUACCAGGAGGCUUAAUGCCACCUCCACCUCCAUUACCUUUUGGUUCAGCAUGUCCUCCACCUCCACCUCCACCUCCACUUCCUGGUGGUAUUGCUCCACCCCCACCCCCUCCUCCUCUCCCUGGUGGCAUGGCUCCACCUCCUCCGCCAUUACCAGGAAUGGGAGCCCCACCUCCUCCACCUCCACCUCCAGGGUGCGGGCCUCCUCCCCCCCUUCCUCCACCGGGAGGCAUGUGUGCUCCACCCCCUCCCCCCGGGGCUCUGGGCUCGCUGCCUCCUCCUCUGCCCAUGGGGCUGUACGCUCUGGGCCUGAUGCAGGAGAAGCCCCCCAGGAAGGCUCUGGUGGAGCCCCCCAGACCCAUGAAGCCCCUCUACUGGACCAGGAUCCAGCUCACCACCAAAAAGGAGGUUUCUUCUUCGUUGGUGUGGGACACAAUCGAUGAGCCUGAAAUGGACUUUGAGGAGUUUGUAGAUUUGUUCUCCAAAACAGCCGUGAAGGAGAAGAAGCAGCCGCUCUCUGACACCAUCACCAAGUCCAAGGCCAAACAGGUUAUGAAGCUCCUGAACAAUAAGCGUUCCCAGGCAGUAGGGAUCCUCAUGUCCUCCCUGCAUCUUGAUAUGAAAGAUAUCCAGCAUGCCAUCCUGAACUUGGACAACACCGUAGUUGACCUGGAGACCCUGCAGGCGUUGUAUGAAAAUAGGGCACAACAGGAUGAGCUGGACAAGAUAGAAAAGCACAUCAAGUCGUCAAAAGACAAGGAGAACGCCAAACCCCUGGACAAACCUGAGCAGUUCCUCCACCAGCUCUCUCUGAUCCCAAACUUCUCCUCCAGAGUCUUCUGCAUCAUCUUCCAGUCUAGCUUCCACGAGUGCAUGUCGUCCAUAACGAAGAAACUGGACACUCUGCAGAGAGUAUGCCUGGCGCUGCAGGACAGUGAGACGGUGAAGAAGGUUCUCAGUCUGAUUCUGGCUUUCGGUAACUUCAUGAAUGGUGGGAAUCGAACCAGAGGUCAAGCUGACGGCUUCACCCUGGACAUCCUGCCCAAACUGAAAGAUGUGAAGAGCAGCGACGGUACGAAAAGUCUUCUGUCUUACAUUGUUGCAUACUACCUCAGACACUUCGAUGAGGACGCUGGCAGAGAGACGUGUGUGUACCCCCUCCCAGAGCCUCACGACCUGUUCCAGUCUUCACAGAUGAAGUUUGAAGACUUUCAGAAAGACCUGACUCGACUCAGGAAGGACCUGAGAGCGUGCACAUCAGAAGUGGAGAAGGUGUGCAAAGUUUCAGACGAGGACAACUUGCAGCCUUUUAAAGACAAGAUGGAGGAGUUCCUUGCACAAGCUAAGAGUGAACUGGAGACCCUAGAAGCUCAACUCAGCAGCACUCACAAACUGUUCCUGGAGCUCACCGUGUUCUUCUCAGUGAAGGCCAAGUCAGGAGAGAAGGAGGUCUCCCCCAACACCCUGUUCUGCGUCUGGCACGAGUUCUCCUCCGACUUCAAGGAUCAGUGGAAGAAAGAGAACAAAGUCAUCCUCAAACAGCGGUUAAAAGCAGCUGAGGAGUGUUUCCGGCAGGCUAAGGAGAAGUCAUCCUACAGCGUCAAACCCAAACACGCCUCUGGCAUCAAAGCCAAGCUGGGCAUGAAGAUUUGACUGAACUUUGGAUACUUGUUUUCCUGUGGAGUACCAGACAAAAAAGUACGAAGAGGACGGAAGAGAAACAGUGCCGCUGAGCCUACUCUGGACAUCUUAUUUCAUUGAUUCAUUUCUUCCAGUUGAGCCAGUUUCACAUCAGCUUGAUGCCUUAUGUUGCUCUCCUGUCCGUCUGUCUGAAUUAUGGAUGGAUGCUGCUGCAGGGCCACCAGGCCCCAUGUGUUGUUGAGAUCACCACAGCUCACAAACAAUAUACAUCUCAUACAUAACUGUUGGGACUAUACGCCUACAUUCAUACAAAUGUCUCACUAGCAGAAUGGUAAAGGCAAACAGAGUUCAACACAACCCAUGGCAUUACUAGCACCCAACAGCAUGGCACUUAUGUAAAUAUUAGGGAUUCUAACUUCCAACUGUUAAGUAUUCAGAUCCACCAGGUGUGAAAGCUUCUGUGAACAAUACCAGUCAAUCGAUACGGGAGGUUGACAGUCAAAACUAAAGUGCUACAGGAAAAGUGUUCUGCAGAAACACUGAUGGAUCUACCCAAGCACAAAUAUGCACUCAGAUCUCAUCUCACCACUUUUAUGUUUAGUUAAUUUAACACACAUUGGAUUUACUUUCAACACCACAUACAUUCACCAUCUUUGUAAAUAUACAUCAGCAUGCAACCGGAAGUUGGAUUUUUGGUUUCUUGUUGACCUUGGAAACAGCAGUUAACCAAACAAUCUCAACUUUUGGAGUCAACCCACGGGAAAAGUGUGGCCGUUUAUAAAGCACUUUAUGUUCUGGCUCAUCACCUCUAAUGCGAGGAGUGAGAGCAAAAUCAUUUUGUCUUCAUUUGUUGUGUAACAUUGCUAAACUUUUUUCCACAACUUUGCCAAGAUUUCUAAGCUUCUUCAUACUUUCAUAGUAUUUGCAUCCAACCUUGAAUCUCCAUUUAUAUAAGCACUCUUCUAUUCUAAACCUGGCUGUAGACCUAUUUCCAUUACAAAUGGUCAUCAUACCCCCUUUAAUGCAUUACACAAUUGCAACAAAAUGUAGGUAGCCUACAAUAGCUUACAUUUAUUAUAAUGACCAUGACUAAGUCUGACCCAUGUUCAGUUGUCAAAUCCUCUUAGUCCAAAGCCCUAAUAUUAAGGUACUCUUCAAAGUAUAGGUCCCCAUUAGAUAUCAGCAUGAUUGUCCAUUUGUGAUUUUGAGGCUAUUUCAGUGAAACAAGGCUGUUUUGAACAUUUGCUAUGCUUUUUGAUGAAACAUUUAAAACUAGAUUUUGAAUCUAUUUUAAAGUGAGCCAAGAGUGCCAGUGAAUACACGGAACCGGCCAAGCUGGACACCAUAGUAAUAUGCAAAUAAUACUGUCAACUUCAGAAUAAAAACAGUGUAGGUCUAGAAAGGACAGCAUCUGGGUAAAUCCUUCUUAGUGUCAUUACCAGGUGAGACAUCAUUAGCAGCAGCAUUGAUGGGCAGGAAUAGAAUGUCAUUGUAAACGUACAUGUGUCAUUUUAAUGUACUGUAUGUUAAAUGAUAAGCCAUGUCAAACCACAUAUACUACGUCAAAUAUGUGUGUGGGUGGGUGGGUGUGUGUGAUAUGUACAGUGCAUUAAAUUACAGUUGGAUUCUGUUGCAAAGCUAAUGACUAUCAAUGUAAGGAAAUCAAUUGUUUAAAAAAAGUAGUGAGACACGUUUUGUGUUUCUUUCAAUGAUAUAUUUUUCUGCUGGCCAGCCUGAUACUCUCUACAGGACUACGUUUGAACGGUUGUUCAUGUGGAAUAAAUGUUUAUACAUGUACAUAAAGAGGAUGCAUGGAGCUUGGAAGUGGUGUAAUUUAUUUAAAAUAAAGAGAAUGAAUUCUU